UGACACAUUUCCUGGUACAGUCGGCAGCGGCUCUCCCACAGCUCACAACCCCGCAGACUGAGCGACCUGUCUGGGCAUCUCUCUCUUCUCCUCUUCGGCGGACGACACUCCAAACAACCGCUCCGGCCACCAUGGUCCGAUUCGCUGCCUUUGUUUCGCUCCUCGCCGCCGGGAUCGUCCUCCAGCUGUCACAUGGCGCUGAAGUGAAUGUCACAGACAAAGCUGGCAAGCUCUGCCUCUAUGCCAACCUCAUGGUCAACUUCUCAGUCUCGUAUGCAGCUGGAGAGAAGAAGGACACAGCUGAAAUUGAACUUCCAAGUGCAGUCACAACCGAUGGAAGUGAAUGCGGCGCCACAAGCUCAACGCUGAAGCUUAAUUUCGGAGACGGGCACUCCUGGAGUGUGAACUUCACCAUGGAUGGAAAUAUGUACCAGGCAGACUCCAUCACCUUUUCCUACAACCUCAGUGACGCCAUGGUCUUCCCUGGCUCUCGAUCAAAUGAAACUGAAUCCGUGACCGUGAAGUCUCAGAUUACAAACGUGGGUUUGGAUACCUGCUACUCCUGCAGCAGUAAAGAUAUGAUACUUACUGAUAUGGUCAAUAUGACACUGUCCAGCAUGCUCAUACAGGCGUUUGUGAGUGAAGGCAACAAGAGUGAAAUUAUCACAUCUUGUAGUGCGGAUUCACCCCCGACCUCUCCUCCCACAACAUCUCCUCCCACAACAUCUCCUCCCACAACAUCUCCUCCCACAACAUCUCCUCCCACAACAUCUCUUCCCCCGACCACUCUUCCCCCGACCACUCUUCUCCCGACCACUCCUCCCCCGACCACUCCUCCCCCGACCACUCAGGGCACCAAUGCAACCACCCCGGGCACCAAUGCAACCACCCCAGCUCCUCCCCCGACCACUCAGGGCACCAAUGCAACCACCCCAGCUCCUGUCACAAACGCCACUACCCCUGCCCCUCCUCCUACCCCCACCCCAACGCCCACCCUCCCUCCUCCCAUUAUUGGGAAGUACAGCCUCAACUCGGACAACAGCACCGUCUGCCUGUUGGCCACCUUUGGUCUGCGGAUCGGUAUCAAGCAAGGAGAGACGUAUCAGGAGAUGAACCUCGAUGCCAACGAGACCAAGGCAUCUGGAUCAUGUGGAGUCAACAGCAGCGAGCUGAAGUUGGUGUCAAGCACUAUGACCAUCAUGUUGACCUUCAUUAAUGACACAGCAAAGUUCCGCCUGCAUGCCGUCAACUUCACCGCAAAGACGGGCUCUGGUGUGGACUUUAAUGCGGUGAACACAAACCUGACUCUAUGGGAGGCGGCCAUCGGCAGCUCCUACAUGUGCAACAAGGAGCAGAACUACACCAUCACCAACCUGCUCAGCUUCUACACCUUCAACCUGCGAGUGCAGCCCUUUGGAAUCACAAAGGGGGAUUUCAAUACAGCCCAUGAAUGUUCAUUGGAUGACACCAGCAUCUUAAUCCCAAUCAUUGUUGGCGCGGCUCUGGCUGGCUUGAUUCUCAUUGUAGUGGUCGCUUACGUGAUUGGUCGAAGAAAGACUUAUGUCGGAUAUCAGACCCUUUAAAUCACUCCUGAAAUAUCACGGGGCUCCCAAGCCUGGUCCUUGGGGGUUUUAAAUUAAAAUCUAAAAUAAACAAAGUCUCAUCAGGAAAAAACUCAGCAAAAUUUAGUUUUACUGUCUCUUGAUAUUGAAGAUAUUAGACAUGUGAUGCUUUCAGAGCAUUUUUGGAAUUACAGUCACCUCAAGGGUCUUGUAACGGUGGAGGGUUUGGUGUAAUUCUCAAGGACCAAACUUGUUUACCCCCAAUUUUUAUGUUCCUUUCUGUUGAUGUCUGGAUUUUUGUCUUUCUUUUUUUUUUUUUUGUUGUUGUGUUUUAAUUUUUUGUUGAUGAGCAAGUGCAAGACCCACCUCUCCAAAUUUUAAACAAUCACAGUCACAUGAAAAGUGAUUUUCAGUAUGCAGUAUAUAGAAGGGAUUCCGGUACCUUCGCACUUCUACAUUAAAAAAAAGUCCCUGAACAUAAAUUUGUAUUUUAUUUUAGUAAAAGAUUUGUGACAGUCUGUUGCAGUGGGAUCCUGCACUUGCUCCGCAGACAUUCCCCCUUUUGUUUGCAUUUGCCAUCAUUUAAUCUGUGUGUACAUUUUAGUUUUUACUUCCUUUUUAUGGUUUGACUUUUCAUCCCCGUAAGUAUUUAAAUUGAGACACAUAGGAAUCAUAAUUUCACCUCAGAUUUCAUUUUGUUUGAGAACAUUUCCUUCACAAAAAACUAAGGAAGAUGGUCAAGUAGCUUUUUGUCUUUGUUCUAUGAAUUUCAUUUGAAAGGACGAAGGUCUUCUUUCUUUGUUGCUAAAGGAAAUAUGCUUUAGCCCAUGUUUGCCCUGCAGAGCAGGAGAAACAUUGGAAUAAUUGUCCUGUUUUGUAAACAUGUAAAAUCAAAGUGUGAGUUGUUUUAACGUCUAUGAACCCUUUUCAUGGACGACAUUAAACAUAGAUCAAGCAGUAAAAGUCCUGGUAGAACUUAGGACCCAACAGUGGCUCAUUCACACACAAAUGUCAAAUGGAUGGGAUGAAGUUGUUGUUGUUAUUAAUCACACCUUUACUCUUCCUGCUAAACAAUGACAACAUGUCUGCUGUCAAAAAAGUCUGUUACAUUUGCACAUGUUGCAGCCAGAGAGUAAGUCUGAGAAGAAGGGUUAGCAUUUUUCUUUUUUCUUUCUCUCGAUAUAUUUUGGCAUUAGGUUCAGAAAAAGGGAUCGAUAGUACUAUUGUGUCACUUUCAGCACAGACAAUUCUGUAUAUUUACAUAUAAAUGCACUAAGACGCUCUUUACCUUUUGCUUUCUGUUGAGACUGUUGUAGCAUUGUUUCACCUGUGUAGAGGCCUGAGCUCCAAUGGCUGCCGCUGGACCAGGGGACGUUAAAGACCCUGAAAACUCUGUCAAAUCUGAAGAAUUACACCAUUACUUAUAAAAAAUAUUUUUGAUUUUAUGAAGAAGUUUACCAAAGGAAUAGUUUUACAAUCAGGCAACUUAUUUGUUCUCUUCUGAAGAGUUUGAUGAGAAGAUUGAAGAUGAAGCCAGGAGCUGUUAGCACAAAGACUGGAAAUGGAGGGAAACAGCUAGCGUGGCUCUGACGAGUAGCUUCUUAGUGAUAAUGAAUUCUCUUUCAAAGGAAUUCGAAAUGUGGAAUUAUUCCUGUAUAAUCUCAGCUCGUCUGCCUAGUCAAAACUGUGUGGGAGCAACUUGGACAAAAAGACCAAAGUCACCUCAAAAUCUCAAAUAUUACUAAAUCCAGAACGGUGCAGUGAAAUCAAUGAUCUGAUUUCAUGUGACACAGACCGAAUGGAGAAUUUUUCUAUUUUGGAGCCGGACGAACGCAGUGAGAAGGUGAAAAUAGGUUUUCAGGGCCUUGGGAGUAAACAAGUCAGCGUAGGUUUCAGUGAAGCAGCGUCAGGGAUGCAGGCACGCCCAUGCACAAGUGUAUCUGUAACGAUAAAGAGUUUGAGUGGUAGUAGCUGCUUAUUGUUGCUCUAUUCUUGCAUAGUGUCGUGUAUUGUUUGACUCGUUGCAGCUCUUCAUUCAGAGCCGGAGCAGAGCAGAUGGUAACUGACGCUGAGGAUGAAAAUUAAGAGAAAUGAGUUGGAUCUUUAAGUUGCAUUUGAUAUAGUCUUUCCCAGGACGUUGUGCGUGUGUACGAAUAAUUUUGCUGUAGGUAUCAAACAUGAGCUUUGACUUUCUGCUUGUGAUUGUUGCUGUUGUGUGCAUUUCCGCUUUGUGUAAACUCAAUUGCCUUAAUUAUAAAGAUGCUCUUGCAGCACCUGUAUGAAUGUUUAAAGGAAUGUGUGUUCCUUGUUCUCAGUGAAUCAUCUAACCGGUUCUUCCAUCAGGAUCACUGUGCCUUUCUCAAUAAUGACUUUGCUUUUUUUUUUUCAUUCAUUAACUCAUUGAUGCUGUUGAGAUUCUCACCCACUAUGAUUCGGCUCUUUUUAUUUUAUUCUUCCUCUCCACUGGGGGCAUUGCACUCACAUGUUCAGCAAAGGGAAUUUGUGCUGCAAGAGCAUCUUAUUAAAGAUCAAUUCAUGUGUUCUGUGGAAACAAAGUGACUGUUGAUUUCAUCUCCAAUCCCUCUCGCUGUUAGCGCUAAUAAAUUUGAUUUCAAAUUGUGUGUCGGACUCAAGUGGAGCUUUUUAGCAUUUUAAGAUUUCUUGAAAUAAAAUUGUGUCCUUGA